AUGCGGCUGGACAAAAAAGGUGAUGGUGUGUCUUCCAAUUUCACAAACAAGUGCAGGCAGCAUGGAAGCCUUUUCACUGUUGUGAGGAAGAGUCAGGAAGACAGAUUUGCAUUCAUUGCAGAGUGGUAUGAUCCAAAUGCUGCUUUAUUAAGACGUUACCAACUUCUGUAUUACCCAAAAGAUGGGUCUGUUGAAAUGUUUGAUUUGAAGAAUCAUCGCAGCUUUUUAAGACGAACAAAAUAUGAUGAUCUUCACUUGGAAGACUUGUUUGUAGGCAACAAAAUAAAUGUGUUUUCCCGACAUUUGAACUUGGUGGAUUAUGGAGACCAGUAUACCUCUCGCAAGCUGGGCAGCAGAAAAGAAAGGACACUGGGCAUGAUAAAGCCAGAUGCAAUCAACAGGAUGGGAGCAAUACUUGAAAUGAUCUACAGUACUGGUUUGUCAAUAACAAAAAUGAAAAUGGUGCUGUUGUCACGGAAAGAAGCAAUGGAUUUCUAUGCUGAACAUCAGUCAAAAUUUUUCUUUAGUAACCUCAUUCAAUUUAUGACAAGUGGCCCUGUUGUUGCUAUGGAAAUCCUUGGAGACAAUGCAGUAUCUGCAUGGAGAAAACUCCUGGGCCCCACUGACACCAGUAAAGCUCGCAGUGAAGCUCCAGAGACCAUCCGAGCACAGUAUGGCACUGACGGUACCAAGAAUGCUGCUCAUGGUUCAGAUUCUGUUGCUUCAGCAGCACGAGAGUUGGAGUUUUUCUUUCCUUCGAGUGGAGGCCGUGGUCCAGCAAAUACUGCAAAACUCACAGACUGCACUUGCUGUAUUAUAAAACCACAUGCUGUCAGUGAAGGACUGGCUGGGACAAUAGUAAGUGCAAUUUCUGGUGCAGGAUUUGAAAUUUCAGCAAUGCAGAUGUUCAACAUGGAGCGUGCCAAUGCUGAAGAAUUUUAUGAAGUUUACAAAGGAGUGGUUGCCGAGUACAAUAGUAUGGUUGUAGAAUUGUGCAGUGGUUCUUGUAUAGCUCUUGAGAUUCGUGGAACAGAUGCUCCAAGAACAUUCCGAGAAUUCUGCGGACCUGCUGAUCCUGAAAUUGCUCGUCAUUUGAGGCCAAAGACACUACGAGCUCUUUUAGGCAAAAACAAGAUUCAGAAUGCUGUUCACUGUACAGAUCUGCCUGAGGAUGGAAUUCUAGAGGUCCAGUACUUUUUCAAGAUUCUGGAUGGGUAAAGAAACUGGAAAAGUAAUGAUACAGAGAACACGCAGAUGAUUAACCAGCAAGAAAUAAAGUAACUCUACAAAGUGAAUGUUAACGCCUUUAUUUUGUUUUACCUGGAUAAAUGUACAGAUGACAAGAGAUCUAUAUUCCUGACAUAACACAAGUUGACAUUUUCAUGGUCCAAUACCAGUGGACUAUGUGUAGUAGGUUACUGCACUGUUUUAUUAACUUCAAAUAAAGAUUUAGACAACAUGUUCAGA